UUCCCAUACCCAAAUAUUUGCUGCCUGUGGACUACCUGGGAAAGGAGAGUCCCUGGCUCAGCCCUAGAUGUUAAGUGGAGCAAAGAAAAGAUUCCAGUGUAGGUGGCUCCCUUUAGAACAAAAAGGUCUUCAGAGUUUAAAGACUGUACCUCCUGUUUCUGGUGGUACUUACAAGGAACCUGCUGUCAAUUAUUGAUUUUGCAGGCUGCACGCAGUACCCCAAAGGGAUUGAAAUCAGGAUCUAGACUAACUCUGGAUGCGCCCAGUAACUGACUUAAAUUCUUCUUUAGCUCGUUUAAAAAAAAAAACACAAAAUCAGAUUGUUGGUGAUAUUGGCCUUGGCUGCCAAAAACCAACCAACAAACAACAAAACCCUUCCCAUCAGCUUUGAUUUUUAAUUGAGAAUGAAAAUACAAAAAUAGCUCCUCAUAUCAUACCUAUCAGUAUGUGGAGUCGGAAAAUCAUUCCCAAAACUGGUGCUUUCCGGUGUACAAGUGCACAUUGCACUCAGAGAUUGAGCUGUGCACCUUAUUUUCAGAAUAGACUGCUGUGUUAUUUGAUUAUAAAAAUGAAAUAUCCUGGGAAUAGUUAAUUUUGAAACAAGGGAACUUGGAACUACCACCACGGCAUGCAAUUAAGUUGGAUGUGUAUACAACUGAUUAGACUUAGUAGACGAUGCUAAAUUUGGGGUUGGAUACCCAAGCGUUUCAGGAAAAAGUUGGUGUAGAGGUACUUCCGUCUAUCUCUUUUCCUCUUAAAAUAAUACCCAUUCAAGCAACUGGUUCAGGAGGAAGUUAACUUCUCCAGACACUCAAGAAAAGAUCACUUAAGUGGGCAGGAUCAGUUGUCAAUGAUUCCAUAGUAAAAUUACUUCCAGUUCUGGCAUAAAUUUUGGAGUUAGAGAAUGAGUGCAUAUUCUUUCAGUGUGCCAGUCUCCCCUGUCUCCCCUAGUAGUAGAUGCAGCAGCUUUAGUAGUGCUGGCAGUCUGGAAUUUAUUCCCAGUGCCAAUUCUGACACUGAGGAUGAUGAUAAGGUGGUGGCGGAAGGGGUGGAGCAACCUGCCAAACAUAAAGGAAAGAAGGGGUUGCGGACUAAGGGAAAGCCACAACAUAAAAAACUGGUGUUGUCUAAAAAGUUUGUUAAAGAUCUGGGACCAGCAGGUGCUGUUGAAGCUGCCUGUGCUGCAGCUGCAGUAGACAUGCCUGGUGCUCCUGAGCAAGAUGGAGAAAGCUUCUUUAUCGAGAGCAAUACAGUAAAACGAGUUCUUUUGUCUGGUACGAGAGCAAAGACUUCCAUCGUGUGGAACUUCUUCCAUGUUGAUCCCCAGUACCCCUGUCGUGCCAUCUGCAGCCUAUGUAAAAAAAGCGUCAGCCGUGGCAAGCCAGGCACCCAUCUCGGCACAUCGACCCUUCAGCGGCAUCUCCAAGCAAAGCAUUCUGUGUAUUGGGCCAUGGCUAAUAAAAUAAGUGCUACUGGUGGAAGCAGUGUAGGGGAGGAGGAAUAUACCUUUAAUGUGCCUGUGUCACCAAUCUCCCCUGAUAGCAGAUUUAGCAGUUUGAGCAGCAGCGGGAGUUUGGAAUAUAGUCCCAAUGUUCACUUUCACAGUGACAGUGUGGAAGAGGCACUGGGCCAGCUUUCCAACAAAAAAAGAAGAAAGAAAGGACUGCAGGUUAUUGAGUUAUACCCAGGAAAACCAGAGCUUUCAAAAAAAUUUGCCAAAGAUGUGGGUCCCACAGGCGCAACGAUUGCAGCCAGUGCAGCCGCAGCAAUAGUCGUUUCUGGUGCAUCUGGAGAAGACAGAGAGAGUUUUCUCAUUGAAAGCAAUACUGUCAAACGCGUCCUGAUGCCGGGAACCAGGACAAAGACGUCAGCCGUCUGGAACUUCUUCUACACUGAUCCUCAGUAUACCUGCAGGGCUGUUUGUAAUGUCUGUAAAAAGAGUGUCAGUCGAGGCAGGCCUGGCACUCAUCUUGGCACCUCCACGCUGCAACGGCAUCUGCAGGCCAUGCAUCCCAUACACUGGGCCAUGGCCAACAAAUCUAAUGGCACUAUUGGUACCGGUGUAGACGAAGAAACAAUAGAGGAUUUUUCUAUUGGUCCUAGGGAGAUGGACUUGUCACUUCUCUGUCGCAGAAGCUUUUCAAGCUAUUUCUCGUCUCGGAGGGAUAAACUUACAGCCAGUUACAGUUUAACAUCUCAAGGCCUGGGUGUCCAUGGGCCAACUUUAUCUCCUAAGCCAGUGCUUGGUAAAAGAAAGGUCAUAAGUCCCAACUUGGGGACUCCUCAAGACUCUCAAACAUUUACUACUGAGAAGAAAAUUAAAUACCAUGAAAUUCCGGUUGCACAGCAGAUAAAUAGGGCUAUUACAGAAUUGAUUAUUGAGGAUAUGCAACCGUACUCAUUUUUUUCUACCCCUGCUUUUCAGAGAUUCAUGAAGAUAGUGGCACCAGGCUAUCAGCUGCCAUCUAGAACUUACUUUUCCACAAAGGCUGUGCCUCGGUUAUACAAUGUUGUGAGAGAAAAGGUUUUCAUGGCUCUGGAGAAGGCUGAAUGCAAAAAAGUUCACUUAACCAUUGACAUGUGGACCCAUGAACCAAGCACAGACUAUCUGACAGUGAUGGCACAUUGGGUGUCUUUUGAAAUGCUGCUAUCUUCCUCUCACAGUGCCAGCAAAACUCCCAGUUGUAGGAAGCAGGCAGCUCUUUGUGUAACUGGCUUUGCUAAAGAUUAUGCAGCAGCCAGUAUUUUACAAGAACUAAAUUACCAAAUCGGUGUGUGGCUUUCCCCCAAUUCCCUCACCCCUGGCUUCAUAGUUUCUGACAACACUGCCAAUGUUGUGCAUGCAGUGAGAGAUGGAGACUUUAUCCAAGUGCCAUGCUUUAUGCAUUGUUUAAGUUUAGUAAUUCAGGACUUCCUGUGUGAGCACAAAAGCAUGAGGAGCAUGUUAGUAGCGGCUCGAGAGAUUUGCCAUCAUUUUAAUCAUUCUGUCAAGGCCCGUCAAAUUUUGCAGGAGUUUCAGCAUGCAAACCAUCUUCCGCAGCACAACUUGAAACAGGAGGUGUCCACCCAGUGGACCUCCACCUUUUAUAUGCUGAGGCGACUUUUAGAGCAGCAGAAGGCAGUGCAUGACUAUUCCAUGCAACACCACGUGGGGAGGGUGGAUGGGGUCAUCCUCACCUCAUUUCAGUGGUGUCUGAUGGCUCACGUGUGUGACAUCCUUGAACCGUUUGAAGAAGUCACUCAGAAAGUGAGCAUGUGCACUGCAGGUCUUAGUCAGGUGCUGCCAUUAGUUCGCCACCUGCUUUUGACUCUGCAGAACAUGCGAAAAGACUUUCAAAUCAAAGGUGCCACUGUAGCUCUCGGGCUGGUGGAUGACUUGUCUCUGAGGCUCGAAACUGACUCCCGAUUGAGCACCGUGCUCAGAUCUGAGCAUUACAUCUUGGCCACUUUAUUAGAUCCCUGCUUUAAAGACAAUUUAGAAGAAUUCCUUCCUCAGGGUACUGACUUGAUAAGCUAUAAACAGAUCCUUACUGAAGUAGUAUCAGAGUAUAUGUGCACAUCAGUGGAGGGUUGCUCCUUGGAAGCUACAGAAGUAUCAGGCCAUUCAUCCCUUAUAGGAACUGAUCCGUUUGCUCUUCACCUUAAGGAAGAUUAUUCUGGUUCAGAUCCCUUCAGUGGCUUCUCUUCGAGUGGUGCAGCUUUAAUAGGCAAGAAGAGGCUGUUGUGCCCAUCAGCUGCAGCAAUAGUAGAAGAGUACUUUCAAGAUGAGUCUUCAGGGAUAACAGUUAAAGAUGACCCCCUGACUUACUGGCAGGGGAAACUGAGAAGAUGGCCUGCAUUAACCCGAGUAGCUAUUCAGUAUCUCAGCUGCCCUCCCUGUAGUCUGCGCUCUGAAUGUGUCUUCAGCACAGCCAGGCACCUCGUUUCAGAACACUGUGCUAGUCCAGGUUUUGACAACAUUGAACAGUUAAUGUUCCUUAAAAUGAACUUAAAAACUAUUAAUUAUGACUAUUCCACUCUGGCCUUGGGCUUUGACACAGAGGAUGAGAUCACUCAGAGUAGUGAGGAUGAGAUGUUUUAGCCAGAGUUGGUAGCUUCAGUUUGUUCUCGCUCUGGACCAUUUGAAGUGCUGGGAUUUGUGCUGCUAUGUACUGUUCUUAUACGGUUGUUAAUAAUCUAACACUUCUUGUGCUUUCCAUCUUAAGAGCACUUUACAACAUCCUCCAAAUGCCCCUGUGAAGUAGGUAAAUAAGCAUUAUGUCCAUUUUGUAGACCAGGAAACUGAUGCCUGACUUAGUGAGAAAGGUGGGAUUAAAAUUUGGGAGUUCCUGGCUCCUGAUCUUGUGUUCAGAGUGUCCUAAUAAACACCACAUAGGUUUUUUUUAAAAUAUAAAUAUUAAUGAAAAUAACUAUUUUUUUUAAAUAAUUAAAAAUACAAAAACAGGUCAAUAAUAAAGAGAAAGCAAAAUCAAUUCAUGCUUUAAAAUCAUAAAGAGGACUAGGUAGGUACCUAUCAUUGAUAACCGUGGUGCUGGCAGUAGUAACUGAAUAGUGCUCCGUUAUGACACCUAUUAAGGUAUAAAAAUGUUCCCUCUCUGGACUUCUCUCCCUCAUAAUCCCAGCAUACUGAUGAAAGGCUAUGAACUAAUGCUGGCUGACAAAUUGAAAAGAUGGAUGAGUGACUAACAUAGUUUUUCAGUGUUGAGAAAGACAGGGCUCUAAAAUGAACUGGGCAAAUGUUCACUGUAUUCUUGUCUUCCUUUAGUGAGGGUGAAGUGUGUGACCCCAGCUUUUUAUUUCUUCUCACUGGUCUCUAUUUAUUGUUUUGAUAUAGCUAAGAUCCUGUACAAAAUGAAAUUACGAUGUGAACCACAGCUCAAUCUCAAUGUGAACACCAACGUAAUUUUCAGGAUUUGAUUGGCUUUGAAGUUCUUAAAUCAGUUUCUGAUGCAAGCUUGCUGAGUGCGCCAGAGUUGUUCACUUAUUUUAAGUUUUAAGGGGUUAACUCAGUUGAUUUUCUGUAGUUUUUAAAUUACUAUUCUACCUAAAGUUUAAUUUAAAAAAAAAAUUAAAUCUAGUUUCUGUGUUAACAUUUUUUAUUUGUAGUGCUUGUAUAGAACUGAGAGGCUUGAGAUGCUUGGUAGUAUAGUUUCAGUGAGGGUAAUUCAAACCCUGGACUGUGUGCAAAGUACUAAGUAUGUGCCGAAGUAUGGAAGGUAAUAUACAAAUAUAUUGAAAGAAAUAAUCAAAAAUAGCACACAUUAUCAGACAGACCAGGACUCAUUGUCCGUUACUUGCCAAGUAAUAAGUUUUGGUUUAUGUGGAGGCAUUUCACACUUUGAAAUUGCAUUGAAUUCUGGAUGAUAUUAGUGAAAGUGAAUUUGGCACAACUUCCCUGUAUCUAAUAUAUGUUAAUUGCACACCAAGAGAACAUUAGUGUAGUUAGAUACAGAUAGACAAAAGUUACCUGGGAUACAAAAUCCAGUUGUAAAGGCAACAAAAGUCAAAAGUGAGUAAUUAUUUAGAUACUAAGGGAAGGACAAAGAUUGAUUCUUACCUUUUUAAAAUUCCCCUUGUCAACAGUUUAAAACUGAUAACUAGUACAAGAACCCAACUUUUCCUCUCACUAUUUUAGAUUUAAGGAAACUCCCUCCCUUUUCUCCUCUCCUCCCCUCCCCC